GGAUUUGCGAUGACUACAACAGAGUCUCCCUCCCUCCCCCCUGCGUUUCUCAUAACUCCAUUCAUCGAGGAUUACAUCUCUUUCCACUGAAACUUGGCAGGACACUAAAACGCACCGUUUCAGUUCAGUACUCGGUCUGGCAGACAAUACAGCGGCGCUGAGACGAUGAAGGCGUGGAGAUGAAACCCUAAAGGAAAACAAAACAGCAGGAUGACAAACCAGCCGACAACCAACCAGUCCAACACAAAAAAGGAGAAGGAGAAAGAGGAAAACGCUCGAGAUGACAACACGGACCUUGCGUACAAAGACGCCGGCCACUGCAGCCGUAACACCCACAACCUGCUGCUCGGACUCACUGUUCUUGGUGUUGUCAUGGGAGUGGUGUUUGGGAUGCUGCUGCGCUACAUGAUGGUGAAAGACACUUCCGCCCUCACCAUGGUCUCCUUUCCUGGAGAAAUCCUCAUGAGGAUGCUGAAGAUGCUCAUCCUGCCUCUAAUCAUCUCCAGUCUUAUCACAGGUCUCGCCGGUCUUGACGCUCGCUCCAGUGGGAGGAUGGGAAGCAGAGCCAUGGUGUACUACAUGUCCACCACUGUCAUCGCCGCCAUCCUGGGAGUCAUCCUGGUUCUGGGAAUCCACCCGGGAAACCCCAAACUGCGGAGCAGCGCCACGUCCUCAUCCACGAAGAACCAGGAGGUCAGCAGCCUGGACGCCUUCCUGGACCUGAUCAGAAACCUGUUUCCUGAGAACCUGGUGCAGGCCUGCUUCCAACAGGUGCAGACGGUGUUGAAACAGGUGACGGUCACGGCACCGAACCAGACCGAGCCGGUGGUGGUGAACAGGAAAAAACUGGAAUACAAAUGGGGCAUGAAUGUUCUCGGCUUGAUCGGCUUCUUCAUCACCUUUGGGAUCUGCAUGGGCAGGAUGGGCGAGCGUGGGAAAAUCAUGUGCGACUUCUUCAACAUCCUGAAUGAAAUCAUCAUGACGAUGGUUUCCAUGAUCAUGUGGUAUUCCCCCGUCGGCAUCGCCUCUCUGAUUGCUGGUAAAAUCGCCGCCAUCGGUGACCUUGAGAUGGUUGCUAGGCAACUUGGGAUGUACAUGGUGACCGUCAUUGUGGGCCUGGUGAUCCACGGCGGCCUCAUCCUGCCCGCCAUCUUCUUUGGCAUCACCAGAAAAAGCCCAUUUGCUUUCUACUCCGGCAUCUUCCAGGCCUGGAUCACAGCUUUGGGGACCGCCAGCAGUGCGGGGACGCUGCCGGUCACUUUCCGCUGCCUGGAGGAAAACCUGAAGAUUGACAAGCGUGUGACUCGCUUCGUGCUGCCCAUUGGCGCCACCAUCAACAUGGACGGCACAGCGCUGUACGAGGCGGUGGCUGCCAUCUUCAUCGCCCAGAUGAACGACAUCACACUGGACGGCGGACAGAUCGUCACCGUCAGUAUGACGGCCACCCUGGCCAGCGUUGGAGCCGCCAGUAUUCCCAGUGCUGGACUGGUGACCAUGCUGCUGAUCCUGACCGCCGUCGGCCUGCCCACUCAGGACAUCAGUCUGCUGAUCGCCGUCGACUGGCUGCUUGACCGAAUGCGAACCUCCAUCAACGUGGUUGGGGAUUCGUUUGGCGCCGGGAUCGUGGAUUAUUUAUCGAGGGCCGAACUGGCGGAGCUCGACGCAGCGGAAAUGCUCCCGACAGAGGAGGAGCUGGACUUCAUUCCUCCGCCGCCGAUCCUCACCGAAAUGGACCUGGUCGACCCGCUGAAGCCGCCGGAGCUGCCGCCUCGCUCCCCUCGCCCCCCGAAGAUGAACCAUCACAGCAACGUUCUGUCCCAGUCCCAAUCCGCCACCUACUCGCCUUCCUGCUCUGUCCGAUCUCCGUCUCCGCACUCCGUUCGCUCUCCCUCCCCGCGCUCCGUCUGCUCCCACUCCCCUCGGCCUUUCCGCACUCAUUCGCCUCGCCUCCUCUGCAGGACGGAGCCGGGCUACUCCGCCCUGCCCAGCCACGACAACCAGAUUUCAACGUUACCACGCGGCUACAGAGAGCGGGAUCGGGAUCGGGAUCGGGACCGGGACCGGAGGCGCGACAGGAUCCGGGACAGAGAGCGGGAGCGGGAACGCCUGAGGCCAGAGAGCGAAACGGAGGAGGAAGAGGACAGAGAGCGAGUUCUGGGUGAAGUGAGCGACGGCGAGGAGAGCGACGACACCGCGUACGAUCGGCGCUGCGCCAUCUCACCGAGCGAUUUACCGUGACGACAUCUUGGUCUGUUUUGGUUUUACGACACCAUUCCUUCCUGCUUCAAAAACUAGAAA